GGGAGGUAAAAAAAACAAAACACCGAAAGACUUUCUGGGAUGGGAAGACGAGUGUGUGUCCCAGUGUUUCCAGUUUGUGACAGUUUCUAGAGGUCCUCCACACUCACGGAGUGACCCGCAGAGCUCAUGCACACCAGCAGACGGAAGAAGCAGUCUGACCCGGAGGCUCCGCGGAGGUCUGAGAAAUGGGAGCGGUGAAGUGAAAAACGGCCGAAAAGCGGAAUGUGUGGAUGAAAAGCAGCAAAUGACAUAUAGAGGGACAACAGAAACAGCUGAAACAGCACGAUGGCUCUACUCCUUUGGCUCGGCCUGUCGCUGCUGGCCUUUGUCCAGUCCAGCGCUGUGAAGAACUGCCACCCGGGCUGCCGCUGUGAGGUGGAAAGCUUCGGCCUCUUCGACAGCUUCAGUCUGACUCGGGUGGACUGUAGAGGGUUGGGACCCAGCACCACCAUGCCAAUCCCCAUCCCGCUGGACACUGCCCACCUAGACCUGUCCUCCAACUCCAUGGGCCCACUCAGUGAUGCCAUGUUAGCUGGUCCUGGCUACACCACCCUUGUGAGCUUGGACCUUAGUAGCAACCAUAUAACAAAGGUAAGCCCCAAUUCUUUGUCCAAGCUGCGUUACCUGGAGACUCUGGAUCUGAGCUACAACAACCUGGAGAGCCUCUCCCCGAGCUGCUUCUCUGGCCUCCCGCUGGCUGAAGUCGACCUCAGCCACAACACAUUCCAAGUGUUCGACAUGGACGUGUUCACUACUAAAGUCCACGGUGAACCUGUCAGUGUGGAUCUGUCCUAUAACCAGCUGAUGUCAGUCUCCAUGAGUUUCCAUGGACGAGUGUUACACAUCCAGAGCUUAAAUCUGUCAACAAACCGACUGUCCAGUGUACCAAAGCUGGCAGGACUUCCUCUAAGGUACCUCAACCUGGAUGGUAACCCCAUCACCCACAUCGCCAAGGGUGCAUUUACUCAACUUAAAGAUCUGGUUUAUUUAUCCAUCAGUGGCCUGCAUGAGCUUCAGGAGAUCGAGCCGCACAGCUUUAAAGGCCUCCAGAGCCUUCAAAUUCUGGAUCUCUCAAACAACCCCAAGCUCAAGACUUUGAACACUGCCGUCUUUAGUGGACUAGACUCCCUACAAGAGCUGAAUCUGUCUGGUUCCGGUGUGGAAUCUUUACCAAAUAACAUGCUGACCCAUCUGCCCAGCAUUAAGAGCAUCACAUUGGGACGAGACAUCCACUGCUGGAGGACCCAGAAACAGGGACAGUUCCACCGGCAGCUGGGUCAGGUCCAACACAACGAGGUCCUGAACUGUAAUGUGGAGGGUGUGGUGUUGUGAGACUGUGCCUUUGCAAAUGGACUAGUCCUUUUAAAGGGCCGGUACACUCUGUCACAAGUGCUUUUGGAUGAGUGAGUAGCCUCACACAUCCCUCUGGACGUCUUCUAUUAUGAUUCCUGCUUUUCUUUUCUUUUUGACACAACUACACCUGUUAACAUAUAAGAGAACCAAAGUGUGACGCCAAGGGAAAGAAAGCUCUUACACAUUGUUGCCUUCCUCUUUGCUAUGACAACCAGCUUUACAGUGUUUUAAAGAGCUGUAAAUAUGUUUAUAGUGGAAAGACGCCUUAUCUGCUUUGAUCUGACUGCACGUCCUGAGUCUCAAACUUUUAUAUACAUUGGAAUGUGAAAUCGUCUCGAACGUUAAAUGUUGCCUUCUUGAAGUCGAGACACCAGCAUCAUAAAUCUUAAAGCUUUUACAGUGUGUUUCAUAUCACAAAAGAUUUCCUUUUUCAAACAUUUCAACCAGUAAAGAAUCUCCAUUCAAUCCAAAACUUUAAAUAAUGUUGACAGGUUGUGGGACCAUAUUAUGUUUUAUUUGCACUUGUGUCAGUCGAGGUAAAUGAUGCACUUAAACAUGGCCUUAAUGUCACUGAGUGUUAAAUGCAUUGUUCAUUAUACCCACACUGAAAAAUAUUCUGAUUCUAAUGUUGACCACUAAUAUGUUUCAUUUUACUUUGAAUGUGAUGCUUCAGAAAAAAAUCAUUCUUGUAGUGUGAGUAGUUAGAAAGAUACCCGGUUGAGCAGCUACAGCUGGUUCAUUUAGCUUAGCACAAAAGCUGGAUAUGGAACUCUCAAAAUGACGGUAUUUCACACAAGCCAUGAUCUUUACCUGAAUGUCAUCAUGUUGUUUUGGUGCCUGGAUGGAAGCAGUCUGUUUCUGUAUGUGUUCUCAGUUUAAAAAAAAAAAACAUUAUAUACUUUAUUUUUUGAUCUUGACCCAUCUUUGUAGUCUUUCAAGAAUAUCCAAACAAAACAAUCAAACUAAUAAUAACAAGACAAAAAUCUAAAUUCAUACAAUAUAGGUAUUUAACCCCCCCUCAAACAAUAAUAAUAAUGAUUAAUAAAUAAGAAAAAAUCCCUGCUGCUCAUAGUUCAUCCCCUGGUGCCGCUACUCGGACCAACAGCAUGAGAUACGUUUUCAAGGAGAUAAGAAGUAAGGCUACAUGUUACUGUAAAGAAAGAGUCAAAUUAUAUUUCCAGACGUAGUUCAUGAGUCAAUCAAACAUGAUUUAGUGACAAAGCUAUGUUAGAAAUACAUUUGAAUAAAAAUGUGAAAGCACUAGAGGACUUGGUCCAUGUUGUCUACAUGUUGCUCUUUUGGAACACUAAUAAAGUUCCAGUUAAAAGUUAUGUUGGUGAGUUUAUAAAUGUAUCGCAAGUCAAGGAAAAAGUCAAUUGAGAAUGUUCAGAGAAGACAAGUUAGUGUGCAGUAAAAUGAAACAGGACAAAACUACCAUCCUUGAGUCAUAUUCCUUCACAGCACUGAUGUUGUCUAAACCGAUGACUGUGGGAUAUUAGGUAUCAGGAAUACCAGGCUAGCUCUUUUCCUGUUUUCAGUCUAUUUGCUAAGUGGCAGCUGGUAUAGCUUAACAUAUACAAUACAGAUAUGAGAGUGGGAAAAAAAAAGUCAAGUCUUGUACAAUCUGUGACUAAAGUUAGUCGGCUGAAUUGAUCUUUGUUUCACCCACAAAAUAAGCAUAAAGCUUGCAUUUCUGUGUGUGUGAACACAGACCAAAUGUGACAACUUGCCCAUUGUUUUUGGACAGCUUUGACCUGCUCAAUGGAGAGUGUUUGACAUGCUUCUUACUAAUCUGUGCUUUGUUUAUUUAUGCAACAGGAGUAAACAAGUGGUGACCACGUUGACCGGGGUUUACUGUGACCUGUUGUCAGAUCACUCUCCAGCUGAGCGGGGCUUAUAUCUCCAAACAGAUUUUGCCCAAUGAAGUAUGACAACGUUCACAUAUUUGCUACUGAAUUCAGUAUGAAUUUCUGUUGAUGGGAAAACACCAAGCUGCACUGUGCUCUUGUGUGUGACCGUUACCUUUGCAUUCCUGUGGUAGUUCUGCAGAAGAUCGGCCUCCAUACUGCAUGUGAAGGUUUCUGAAUGUCAACAACCUGUAAAGGCUUGGUGGCUUCAGUGUGAGAGACUCUAAAGGAAAGACACCGUUGAAGUGUUUUAAUAGAAAGUAAGAUGAGCCCUGUCAAGCUGUAGAAGUUUAUAUUUGUGUGUGACCAUAUUGUAUAUAAUUUUAUAUAUAAAGUAUGAAUAAUAUGUUUAAUAAAAUGACUAUUUCCAUGAA